AUGGACACUUCACACGAUAUUGCACAGUCUUCAGCACACCCGCAUCCACCAUUAUCUCCCGUGCUCACCCGCGCCACCACGCGCCCUCGACCGCUUCCUCCCUCCAACCCGCCCGAGCCACCGCUUACUCUCCUGCACCCUUCGCAGUCAUACCCUGCGUCCCCGAGAGAUGAGCACGCCGGCCAUCACGAUAGAACAAAACAGGGCAAACGGUCAUGGGCGAGCUGGCUGGGCAGGGGCAUGCGGAGAGAUGUCAUGAAUAGACUACCAUGGUAUUGGAGCGACUGGGCAGACGCUUGGAAUUAUCGCGUCAUCCCCUCGACUUGGUUCACCUUUUUCGCCAACGUCUUGCCUGGCCUGGCCUUUUCUCUGGAUCUCAUAGAAACGACCGGCCAGUAUGGCGUCCAAGAGGUGCUGCUAUCCUCUUUUAUGGCAGCCUUCGUAGCCUCCUUCCUCGGCGGGCAGCCUCUCUUGAUCUCUGGCGUCACAGGACCCAUCACAGUAUUCAACAAGACCAUAUACGACAUUUUCGAAAAGAACAGAUCCGACGGUCCCGACUAUCUCCAUUUCGUCGGCUGGGUCUACUUGUGGGCAGCAAUCUUGCACUGGAUAGCAGCUGUCACCAAUGCUGUGCAAGGGCUCAAGUAUGUCACCCAGUUCUCAUGCGAUACCUUUGGAUUCUAUGUUUCUGCUGUCUACGUCCAGUACGGUAUCCAAGUCGUCACCCGCCAAUUCGGGCAAACUUCUACCCCCAGCGCUUUCCUGGGUAUCAUGCAAGUCGCCUCGAUGCUCAUACCGCACUAUUUCAACGCCGUUGCGCGAUCGGGAUAUGUGAACAAGCACUUUCGACGGUUUUGUUCCGACUAUGGCAUGCCGAUUACGAUUAUUGCCAUGACCGGCCUCGCAUACUGGGGCCGCUUUGACCAGUAUGUGCUGGAAUCCGACAUGACCCUCCCCACCACUGCCUCCUCCUUCCAGCCAGCUAGUGACAGACCAUGGCUUGUGCGUUUCUGGCAAUUAGAAGGCAGAUGGGUCGGCAUAGCAUUCCCGUUUGGGCUGGUGCUCUUCAUCUUAUUCUACUUUGAUGCCAACGUUUCCUCUUUGAUAGCCCAAGGCUCAGAGUAUCCGCUCAAGAAACCAGCUGCCUUUCACUGGGACUUUUUCCUACUCGGUAUCACGACCUUUAUCGCCGGUCUCUUGGGUAUCCCUGCGCCGAAUGGUCUCAUCCCGCAAGCUCCGCUACAUACAGCUUCCCUCGUCGUGAUGGGGUACGAAGACGGCUCUCGCACCUCGUACCAGACUACGCUGUCUCCGGGGGAAAACCGACAGGCACUAAAAUUAUCUCAGAUGGAGAGCGCCAACAAAAAUGACACACCUGAGGACGGUACAGGAAUGAGAAGACGGAGGCGAAGGAGUAGUAGUGUACAGAGUCACACGGAGAAUGACGCAAAAAGAGAGGUGCCGGUGGCUGUCGUUGAACAAAGAGUGUCCAAUCUUGUGCAGGGUUGCUUAUGUCUGAUUCUCAUGACCAAGCCAUUCGAGCACGUCCUUGGAUUGAUACCGAAAGGUGUCUUGGCUGGGCUUUUCUGGUACAUGGGCUCAGACGCGUUACUUUCAUCGGGCGUAUCUGCAAAGCUGUUAUACCUUGUCCGCGACAGACGCGCUACCUCGCCCUCGGAACCAUUACGCGCUGUGCGUAAGAGCAGGAUUCUUCUCUUCACGGCCGUCGAGCUCAUAGGCUUUGGGGCUACAUUCGCCAUCACUCAAACCAUCGCUGCGAUAGGUUUCCCGGUCAUCAUCAUGCUUUUGGUCCCUGUCAGAGUGUUCAUCGUCCCACAUCUAGGGUUUACGGAAGAGGAGCUGCAAAUUCUUGACGGGCCCGUGGCUAGUCCUUUUGUGGGUUCAACUGUCAUAUGGUAUCUCGCGUUGGUGGCUGACCCUUCCACUAGACCAUGGAGUCUGUAG